CGCCUUCUCCCUCUUCCUGCUGGAAUCCGUCCGGGCGUCCUCGCCUCGCCGGGGGCCCCGGCCCCCGGCGCCCACCGCGGAGCUGGACAUCGACGGCCGCGGCUACGUCUCGCCGAUCCGGGAGCUGGAGGGGGAGCCGGAGCCGCUGGGGUCGAGCUUCUCUGACUCCGGCAGGGGGAUCAGCGCCUCCAUCCUCGGCAUUGACGAGAGGAGCGAGGCCGGCGAGGAUUCGUGCGUGUGGGAGCCGAAGCCGAGGAAGAGGUCGCCAUGGAUUCGUGCGUGUGGGAGCCGAAGCCGAGGAUUCAUCGGGCCCUCUCCGCCUUGGCAUGGUUGACGGCAUCAAAUCGCGCGAUUCGUCAGGCCCUCUCCGCCUUGGCAUCAUGGGCGACGGCGUCAAAUCGCGCGACUCAUCGGGCCCUCUCCGCGGCACGGUCAACGGCGCGGACGCCGCCACCAAAUCGCCUGAUUCGUCGGGCCCUCUCCGCGGCAUGGUUGACGGCGAGGCGCGCAACAACGGUGCGCGUGCGCCGAUAGAACUCGCCGGGGCGGACGGCGUAGGAGGCCGGUUCCCCUUGGUAGCUGUAACCGUCGUCGUCCUCGUAGGCUUGGUCGCCAGGAGGGUCGAGAGGGGGAGUAAAUGCCGACGCCGCCGCGCGACCAGCAGCAGACGCUGCGCCGGAGCCGCUCCGCCAGCUCCGCGGAGGGCUGGUCCUCGCCCACGCCGUGCUGCUUCGGUGACGCGCCGCGGCGCAGGGUGGUCAGGACCACGUCGGCGUCGUUCCGGGACCGGCCCACGUACCUGAGGCGGGAGAACGACGAGUUCCUGCUCCUCAGCUUCAGCCCGGACGACGACGGCGGCGACGACCGCGACGCGGCAGGGUGGCCCAGAAGCGACGACGACGACGCGGAGAUGGCCGGGAGCAGGCGCGGCAAGAGGACGGUGGACGGCGACGGGGCCAAGAAACAGAGGCGGAGGCGAAGAAGGCUCCCGCGGCGGCGGCGCGGCGACGAGGACGCGGAGUCAAAGCCUGGCCGGAGCAGGAGGCCGGCCGCGGCGGCGGAGGAAUGCGGCCUGGAGAACUCGAGCCCGGUGUCGGUGCUGCAAAAAACAUGCCACGUCAGCACCUGACAGGCGGGCCCAACCGAGUCGAAAUUCGUGUACAACUAGCCGCCUGGCUUCCGGAGUGGCAGCCCGAGCUUAGACCGCCGGCGGGGAGACCCCUGCCCCUGCCUGCCUCGUCGACGGGGACGAUCCGUCCGCCCGUGCAUUAUUCGCCGAGAACCACGACGGCGCAACACAAGUUUGCCCCGCGCGCGCACGCUUCGCCGCUGCACAUGCGGAGGCGGGCCCGCCGGCCUAACCAAGCCCCACGGCUGGGCUGAUUGGCUCAUUUUGGUUGGUGCCCGAUGCCUCGCUCUCCACCCUGGAAUCUUUCAUCUUUGGGACGACGGCCUACUGAAUCGAUAGAUUAAUCAAGGCUCCUCGUUCAUCUCAUGCCGCACGCAACUCGC